GGGCGGGGAAGCAAGGUACUGGGGGGAAACUUAGCUAUUAGUGCAGCAGGGUCAUGAAGAAGAGGCGGCGGCGGGAGGAAGGAGGAGGCGGCGGGGGUGAGAAACUGCGGUAGCUCCCGGCUGGACUGGUGGCGUGGCUGUGUGGAAAGGGCGUAGUUCUUAAUCUCUUCUCCGGGCAGCGGCCGGGGCUCGGGGCUGAGAGCGGCCUUGGGGCCGCCUCCCCGGGCCCCCUGGCUCCGCCAUGUUCCGCAGGGCACGCCUUAGCGUGAAGCCGAAUGUCAGGCCUGGUGUAGGCGCCAGGGGUUCCACCGCCCCCAACCCCCAGCGUGGACAAGAGGCGCCCAGGCCCCAGGAUCCUGCAGCGGCCUCCUCCCCGAAGCCAGCGGAGUCUACAGAUGUGCCCCCGGUGGAUUGCGGGGGAUCUGAACCCCAAGAAAAGGCUCCCAAGAGCAGUGAUGAAAAGACUGACAGUGAGAAUUAUGUUGAAGAAUCCAGUAAAUCUUCCUCUACUGUUUCACAGAGAAGAAAGAGAAUAUCAAGUACUCCUACUCUGGUUAAGCCUGGUGUCACUGUUCCUUCAGAAUCUCAUCCCUUAUCUACAGUUAAUCAAGAAGUUGCACAGCCGAACCCUGUUUCAACAAAAGAGAAACAGCCGUGUUCAGACAGAUAUCGAUUAUAUAAAGCCCAGAAACUAAGAGAAAUGUUAAAAGAAGAAUUGAGGAAAGAGAAGAAGCAAUGGAAAAACAAGUAUGCCAUAAAUGAAAGUCAGAAGCCACCAGAUCGUUCAAAAAUGACUAUGAGAGAUUUCAUAUAUUACCUGCCAGAUAAUAAUCCAAUGACUUCUUCCCUGGAGCAAGAAAAGAAAACUGAAAAAUCUUUGACACCAGUCCAGACAAGAGAGCAAGAAGGUAAGAGUACUCCUGAUACUGCAGAUAAUGAAGAACUAGAAGAAGAGGUGGAUGACGGGCCAUUGCUGGUUCCUCGAGUAAAAGUGGCAGAAGAUGGUUCCAUUAUUUUGGAUGAAGAAAGUUUAACUGUAGAAGUUUUAAGGACAAAAGGUCCCUGUGUGGUUGAGGAAAAUGAUCCCAUAUUUGAACGUGGUUCUACAACUACAUAUUCCAGCUUUAGGAAAAACUAUUAUUCUAAACCAUGGUCAAAUAAAGAAACAGAUAUGUUUUUUUUAGCCAUCAGCAUGGUAGGAACUGACUUUUCUAUGAUCGGACAGCUUUUUCCUCACAGAGCAAGGAUAGAAAUUAAGAACAAAUUUAAACGUGAGGAGAAAACAAAUGGAUGGAGAAUAGACAAAGCCUUUCAGGAAAAGCGCCCUUUUGACUUCGAUUUUUUUGCUCAUUUGCUUCAGAAAGUUCUUGCUGAAGAAGAGAAAAGAAAACAAAAAUCUGUUAAAAAUCAGAGUUUAAAGGAGAAGAAAUCCUCUAAGCCAAGGAAAAAUGUAAAAGUGAAAAAAGUUGCCAGUGAAAGAGGAAAUGAUGAUCCAGAUGUAUCUCCAAGCACCAGAAUUUCAGACACAGAACCAUCUCAAAAGGAUGCUCAGAUAGUUGAAGAAGAACAGCACUCUCAGACUUUAACAGCACAGGAUUCAGAACAGAUUGCAUUAGAAACAGACCUAAAUCAAAAGAAAAGAAGAAGAAAGAAUCAGGAUGAAGUUGGUCAACAAGAAGUAAAAAAUCUUUCAGAAAAUGCCACUGUUCAGUUAGGUCAUUCUAAAGGAGAAACAUACGAAAAUAAAGGUCAGUCUUUAAGGGAGAUAAAUGAAGAUGAAGUCAAUAAGGAACAGAAGCUUUCUCACAUACAGAAUAUGGAUGACAUUGUGGAUUUAUCCUCCAGUGAAAAAGCUGAGAAAAGAACUGACCCUAUCCUUUCAUCAAGUGGUCAACAAGAUGCCACAUCACUAGGAACUGAAGCUUCAGAAUCAAGCCCUUCAGGUUUGCCUUUAUCAGAAGCUGGAAUUAGUGCACUGUGUGAGGUGAAUAAUGUUGAAAGGAAUUAUACAGAAGAAAGCAGUGUUGACCUAAAAAAUAAAUCAUUGGAAACAGAUCAGUCAGGAAAUGUUAAACUAAUCGGAAGAAGACAACUGCAGAGACCUAAACCCAAUUUAUCAAGGGCAGUUGGGAAGAAAUCUGUUCUUUCACAAGGUAAAACAGAUGCAGAGAGCAAGAGUUUACAUGCAGAAACUUCAUUUGAAAAGAAUGAUAUGGAAAAGGAUAAAGUGAAUACAUUGGACAUUUCUGGAAUGGAGAAUACAGAGAGAGAAAACUCAGAAGCUGAGACUGUAUCUAUUUCUGGUUUGAGUGAAAAAAUUGGUCUGCAGGAAGAUGAUCAAACAAAGACUGUCAGACCAGCACGACUAAUGAGGAGCCGAUUGCAAAGGCCAAAGCCAAAUGUAGGUAAAGCUGCUGAAAGAAAAAUUCUAGCAUCACAGGAAAAAAUUGAGGCCAAUGUAAAAAAGAAUGAAAGUGAAUCCUGUGUUGCUAGAGAUAGUCCUGAGCAAGUAGAAGAUCAGUCAUGUAAAAACAACUUUGAAGACAUCCCAUUACAAUCUGAGAAAGAAGAUAAUUUUUUCCAAAUGAAUGUUAAUGAAUGUGUAAGUAUUCAAGAGGAUAAGAAGGUCCCAGUUCUAAAGACUCGAUUUCAGAAACCAAAGCCAAAUAUAGGAAGAGGAGCUAGAAGAAGAGAAAUUUUCUCAAAGAAAGAGGUGUCAGAGGAGAUUGAAUCUGGGCAAUUUGCAGCACCUUUGAGAGAAAUUACAAGAAUGGAAGAAACCUUACCAAGGGAGAGCAUAUCAGUGGAGGCUAAUUCUACUAAGGAAAUGGAGUCAGUUUUAGGGAAAACUGAAAGAGACAAGUCUCCCAGAGAGAAGAUACCAGAAAUGAUGACCAGCACUGUGGAAAUGGAGACAGAUUUGAACGAAACAGGAGGAGAGGUUUCCCCAAGGGACACUGUAUCAGAGGUGUCUGAUAUCACUGAGGAAAGAGUGAAGAAUUUGGAAGAAACUGGAAGAGAGGUUUCCCCAAGGGAUACUGUAUCAGACAUGUCUGAUGUCACUGAGCAAAGUGUGAUAAAUUUGGAGGAAACUGCAAGAAAGGUUUCCCCAAGGGAUACUGUAUCAGACGUGUCUGAUGUCACUGAGGAAAGUGUGAUAAAUUUGGAGGAAACUGGAAGAGAGGUUUCCCCAAAGGAUACUGUAUCAGCGGUGUUUGAUGUCACUGAGGAAAGAGUGAUAAAUUUGGAGGAAACAGGAAGAGAGGUUUCCCCAAGUGAUACUGUAUCAGAAGUAUCUGAUGUCACUGAGGAAAGAGUGAUAAAUUUGGAGGAAACUGGAAGAGAGGUUUCCCCAAGGGAUAUUGUAUCAGAGGUGUCUGAUGUCACUGAGGAAACUGGAAGAGAGGUUUCCCCAAGGGAUAUUGUAUCAGAGGUGUCUGAUGUCACUGAGGAAACUGGAAGAGAGGUUUCCCCAAGGGAUAUUGUAUCAGAGGUGUCUGAUGUCACUGAGGAAAGAGUGAUAAAUUUGGAGGAAACUGGAAGAGAGGUUUCCCCAAGGGAUACUGUAUCAGAGGUGUCUGAUAUCACUGAAGAAAUAGUGACAGAUUUGGAAGAAACUGGAAGAAGAAAAAUACCCCUACAGGAAAAUGCCCCAGAGGUCAGCACUAUAGAUGAAGUAGAAACACAUUUAGAAGAAACUGGAAGUGAGGUUUCUGUAAGGGAAAAUGUACCAGAGAUUGUUGAUGCCAUUAAGGAGAGAGAAACACAUUUGGAAGAAACUGAAAGAAGAGAAAUAGACAUAGAAGAAAAGGCCCCAGAGGCUAAGACUCAAGGUGAAAUAGAGACAGAUUGGAAAGAAAUUGAAAAGGGAACUUCCCUGGGGGAAAAGGUACUACUGGGGAUCAGUGCCACUGGGGAAAGGGAGAUUGAUUUGAAAGAAACUGGAGAAGGAGAUCUUUCCCUGAUGGAAAAGGUAUCAGGAAAGACGACUGCUAUUGAAGAAACAGAGGCAGAAUCAAAAGAAACUGGAGACGUUUCCUCAAAGAAAAGCAGAUCAGAAGAAAUUAGUGCUCCUGAAGAAAUGGCUGCAGAUUUGGAAAAAACUGGAAAAAUAGACAUUUCUUUAAGGAAAUAUGGAGCAGAGGAGACCAGGACCUCAAGACAAAAUGACACAGAUUUAAUGCAGAGCAGUAGUAGUUGCUGCAACACUGUGUCUUCACUAACUAUCAAAAAUGUUAGCAGUGAAGUACUAUCCGUGGUGCAGACACCUGAAGAAGAAAAAAAUUCUGAAAAGGAACUGUCAGGUCACUUGAGUUGUUUGGAGACUUCUUUACAGACUUCUGAACCUGAUAAAACAAAUGACAAGGGGAUGCUAUCUCCAGAUGUUCCAGAGCAGUUUUCAAAUACUAAUUUAAGCAAAUCUCUUCCUCAAGAGCAGAAGCCACUAGAAGUUAAACCAGCACCUUUUAUGAGAAGUCGAUUCAAGAGACCAAAACCGAACUUAGCAAGAGCAACUUUAAAGAGAGAGACUACAGAAGCAGAAAAAUAUGUACAUGGGAAGAAAUUGGAAACUGAUAAAACUGAGACUGUUGUGGUGCAGCAGACCAGUGAACAGGGUGUGGCUUCCCUAAUGACAUCAAGAGAAAAAGACAAAUCAGGUCACAGGGAGGAGGAGACUGUAAUAUUACCGUGUAUACACACUGAAAAGGACCUUUCACCUUCAAGUUCCUGUGAUCCUGAAGCCAUGUCUCAGCCUGUACAGACCCAGGAAAAGGAAUUAGUUGUUUCUCUGGGGGCUCAUAGAACAAACACUUUUCAGCAAGAAGUGAAGGAAAGCAUUAUUCCAACUGCUCGAAUAGUAAGGAGCCGACUUCAGAGACCCAGACCAAACAUAAAAAAGGCUGGACCGAGGCAAAUAGAAAAAGGUGAAGCUGAAGGCAUAAUUAAGGAAGAAAGAACAGUAGUACAAAAAGAUGAAACUAAAAAGUUCUUGACUGUGCCAAGCUCUCCAGUUGGAACUGAAAUUGAAGUUGUAUCCUCCAAAGUUUCAGAAGGUAUAACGUGUGAAAACCAGAGUCACAUGGUCCUUGAAGAAACUCUUCAUCUUAACAAAAUAAAUGUUUUAGAUGAAAAGAUGAGACAUGAACCUAAAAGGUCUGUUCCUAGUCCAGCACAUUUGGUAAGAAGGCAGUUCCGAAAGGUUAAGCCAAAUUUGGGACGAGCACAUGGUAAGAAAGAUGAGCCAGGCAUAGAAAAAGACAGAGCAGAUGAGAGUGAGGCAAGGAAGCCAGAAGAUAAUUUGCUGCAGCCCCGAGAUUCUGACACCCACCUCCUUCAAAAAGAAAAGGCUGAGUUUCUGACAUCUUUGGAGGUUUCAGCAAGAAAAGAUUGUGUAGAUUCCACGGAGGCUACUUUGGCCAAAAGCAGUGCUCAUUUAGAAGUUGGACCAUCAGGAAGUGCUGGAGGAAAAACCGUAGGGGAUAAUUCUGUGUCUUCAGUUGCUGAAGAGCCAUGUCUCAGUAAACUAUCAAGCUCUCCACAGCUGUUAAAAGAAUCAAAUUACUCUAAAAUUGGUCUGGAUCGAAGAACAACUGCCUCUUCUACUUCUGAGUGUGAGGUAGAUCAUGGUGGAAGGAGAAUGCAUCGCAGGAUGAAACCAAGUGUCACCAGAGGGCGUGGAUCAAAACGAGUUCGAAGUAAGACCUCUAGGAAGGAACCUCGUGCUUCCAAGGCCACGCUGGUGACUCUUCGGGCUUCACAGGAAGAAGAUGAAGAUGAUGAUGAAGAUUUUGAGCCAGAUUAUGAAGAUGAAAGUUACCAUCUUGCUCCAGAAGAAGUAAACAAAGCUCCAGUGUUUGUUCCCAUUGGUCUUAGGUCUCCCGAACCUGUUCCUGCUCAGAUCGAGGAAACAAUGGAAGAGCUUGAAAUAACUGUGAAUGUACCAGAUAUAGGCAUAGCUGUUGUUGAAAAUCCACUGUCAAACACAGAUGUGACUACUCAGGAGAUGAGACAAGAAGAAAAUUUGAAGGCAUUAUCUGUCGAAAUGAACACAGAUGAACAUACCCAAGAUGAAACAGGUACCAGUGAUGGAAGCACUGAAGCUGCUAUAACGUUACUUGCAAUGGGAGAUCUAGUGUUGCAGUCAGAGAUCGGGGCAGAACAGAGUGAUGGAGUAUGUGUACUUCUUGAUGUUCAUUCAAAGGAUAAAAGCUGUGUUCCUUUUAGCCCAGAUAAUGUAAAUCACAAAAUUGUUCGUGAAUGUCAGGAGCUUUCUUCACCUGUCAAUAGUACAUCUCCUUCUUCAUUAGAAGAAAACAAGAUUGUAUUGGAAGAGCAAAGUACUAAAGAAGAAAUUGGUUUAGUGGAGAAAGUAAAGGAAAACGCUGUAUCAACCAGGAAUACAACUUCUGAAGUGACCAGUAAUUUGAGAAUAAGAAGUAGAUUUCCCAAGCCUAAACCAAAUCUUAAGACUUCAGGGACCAGCAGGUUUGGUGUUCAUCAGGAAGUUCCCAAUUUGUUUGUAAACAAAGGAGAAGUGGUAGAAAGUCAAAGAGAAACUGAGAAAAAUAUUUCUGAAGCAACGGAAUUACAAGAUGAAAACCUUGGAUCAUUUAGAACAGCAGAGAGUAAGGAGCAGUGCAAAUUGGCUUGUGAACAUGGUAUUGAAGAGACUGCUAUUUCUCAAGAAGCAAAUCUAACUGAAAGAAAUGAUGAUCAGGAAGAGGAAUCUCAAAAGGUUCAGAUAUCAUCAGUUGCUCCAGUUUCCUUUGAGACAAGGCCCCAUAUACUUGGUUCAGAUGUGGUUCUCCCUGAGAGUUCUGUUGAAGAGCCCCAAGGGAAGGACUCUAAUGGAGACAAUGUGCUUGCUCUUCAUAUGUCAGAGGGUACACUAACUGGUAUGCCAGAAGUCCAACAAGAGAAUGUAAUCAGUUCUCAAGACUUAACAGUGAAUCUAGUUGCUAAUGUACAUCAAGAUGGUGAGGAUGAACAAGCAUUCAUUUUAACUCUGGUGGAAAUCCCAACCAAUGCUGUAGAAGAAUUUAGUGAUACCAGUGCACAGUUAAUGCCAAACCCUUUACUGCCAGCACCCAUAUUGAUCAAAUCCGUGAAUACAGAAGAAAGGAGUGACAUGAGUGUGAGUUUUCCAGUAACUUCAGUUGGUCAGAAUACCAUCUGUUUAUCUGAUCCUGGAAAAGAUGAUUCUGAAAAGCUUCCUCCUGCUAAUUUGGAUCUUAUAUCUAGGAAGAGAUUUCACUGUAUGCUUGAUGAAAGUGACCAGGUUCCUCCUCCCAAAAAAAGUUUGCUCACUUCAGGAGAUGAUUGUCAAAAUUAUACUUCCGAGGUGUGUUCAAAGGAAAUGAUAAAUGCUUCUGAGGAAACAGGAGAGUCUUACAAGGAACAAGGUAUCUUCCCUACCUCAGGAGGCACACAUACAACUCCAGAACCUCAGAAAGAGCAACUUGAACCAACUUUUCAGAGUAUAGAAUCUGGGUCUCUUGAUAAAAUAACAGAUACACAUAUAGAAAAAAGUACAUCUCAGUUACCUCAGGAUGAGAGGAUUGUGUCUGCUAAGGAGGAGGGAAUUUGUGCUGCUUCGAAGUCUGAACAAAUGAAUAACAUUGCAUCAUCUUCAAAAACCCCAUUAUCCAGACCUGGCAGAAGACCCCUGGGAUUUUUGUCUUUAAUAUGUUCAAAGAAUAGUUUGGAGUCUGAUGAACCUACUCAGGUUUAUAAUAAGAAACGUCUAAAACCUCUUAUACCUGUAUCAAGAAAGAAUCUGAAAAGAUCAAAUCCACUCACUGAAAGCCAGAAAAAAAUCCAAGAGUCCUCUGAUCAGCCUCCAUCUCCAAGUGUUGUUGAUACUCAAUCUGAGAAUACUGGCAGUUCAGCAACUCAGGCUUCUUGUGAUCGUCCCUUACCAAAAGAAGAAUGUAAAAGUAGCCAAAACCGGGUACCUGAGGAGGAGCCAACCACAGUCUCAGAAUAUUUCUUCGGUGAUAUCUUUAUUGAAGUAGAUGAAACAGAAUAAAAGUCUUUUUUUUUUUAAAUUUUUUUAAGUCUAGGAUUUCCAGAGUCAGAUAUCAACUAAGCAGUAUUUAGAAAAAAGCAUCACUGGCUUUUUUUCUUUAGAUUGAUUUUGAAUAUUUAAGAGCUUGAUUUGAAGCUUUUAUAAUCAGUGGAAAACAUAGCUGAGGUUCCUUUCAUUCUGAUUGAUUCAGCAUUUUGGAAAUACAAAGCAAUUAAGACUGCUUCUGAGACAGAAAUAGCUUCUCUUGUUCACGUUUUGACUCUUACUGUGCUGAACACACGUGGACAUUUUGGAGUGCUGUGGGUAAACUCUCUGUAUAAAUCACAGUGCCGACUUAUUUGGAGGUAGAUUGUAUUUAGCAUUUAGUGAACUUUUUGUAAAGGCUUUUUUCUGUUUUUUUUUUUUUUUUUAUUUGUUUGUUUGUUUUUGUGUUUUAUUUGUUUUGCUGAAGGCCUUUACAGUUGCCUCUGAGUAUAUGAAAGCAUCUUGUGAAAUCUCCACUUUAGUAUGGUAAAUCUUAAAAACUUUUCUAUUAUCAGCUAUUUGACUGGAAAAUAUGUAUUUUUCUAAUUCAUGUUGAUGUAACAUUAGUCCUAAUUGAACAAGUAGUAUUUAAACUUAUUUAUAAAAAUGAAACAUCAAAAAGUUUAUUUAUUUUUAAAUUUUUUAUUUAAAGGAAUAUUGAGUUUUAAUUAUUUUCACCACUCAGAUUAUGGGUAAAGACAACAUUGACAAAUUUGUGUUUGUCCCUUUUCCCUUUAAUUUUUAAAGAUAUUUAUAGUUAUAUCACUAAAAGUAUUUGGAUAGUAUAUAUGUUUUGAAUACAUUUUUUUCUCAUAGUUUAGUAUAUUGAAUUUGUACUGUGAAGUUUUUGUUUUUCUUAUUUUUUUGGAUAAUCUCAGGAUUUGUAUGGGGAAAAAAACCCUUAAUUUAUGAGGGAGAUUUGCCUACAAAAUUCAGUCCCUUUUACACACACACACACACACACACACACUCACAUACAUUCCUUUUUUUAAAAACUAAUUUCUUGAUAGCUUUUUCCCCCCAUUAAAUUUUGCUUAAGGGGCUCUUAGGCCUUUAAGCACAGAACAUAAUUGUGAUAUUAAAACAGAAAAUAAGAUAAUAAGACUUUAUUUAGUCAGUGAUUAUCAUCAGUAUUAAUUUAAGGGUUGUUUUUGAUUUUGAAAUUUUGCUUUUUAUACAUGUAAUUCCAUUAUCUACCCAAGCAAAUCUUUGGUGGUUCAAAUCAAAUUUCUCAAAAACAAAUUUGUUCUUUUACUUGAAAAGCCUCAGAGCAGGAGUUAGAAACAUUUUCUGCAAAAUAUUUUUGCAAAAUAUUCGGUGGCAGCUGUUUCAGUGUGAAAACAGCCACAGACAAUACUGAAGGGAUUGACAUGGCUGUAAUGGGCUUUUCAUUUGACCCCUAUAUUAGAUAGUAAUUUUCUUACCUUAAGGUGCUGACAUUUUAUCUUUGACAUAUCUCUCAUUGAAGUUAUUAGUUGUGCAUCACAAUUAAAACUGUGAUGAUUGCAUUACAAAAUGAUCAGUAUUUCAACUGGGAAGAUAUUUUAAUGUCUAGAUAAUUGUGUUGUAUAUUGAAAAAAAUAGUGGCGAAUUUUCAACUUCAUUAGUAAAAUAGGAUGUGGUUCAGCAAAUGUAACAGUAAUCCUAAAAUUGCUAUUAGAGCAUUUCUUAUUCAUUGCUUUAUAGUGAAAUUUAUAAUUUAACUUUUGUGUCAUCAAGGGGAUCUAUAAAUCUGAGUGGAAAUUCUCAGUAGGUAUGCAUUAAUUUAUUUCAUAUGAUUAAUAUGUCACAAAAAUCAUGGUUGUCAAUCACAUAGCUAUUUUAAUGCCCUGUUUUUAUAAAAUUUUUAAAGUCUCAUAUUUUGAAACAGUUUCUUUCAUUUAAUCUUAGUUUGGAUGUUAGGUUGUCACAGUUAAACUAUUAUUCUAUCCCUUGUGUAAUAUUUAUUUUUUAACUUUGUUAACAUCUGUCUCUUGUUCAUCUAUAAUGAAUUCAUUUUAUGGAAGGUGUAACUUCUUACUAUAUAAAAAAAUAAUUUUAUCUUUGGGUAUUCAUUGUGUAAGAGAAUCAAGUCAGCCAAGAUAAAUUGUCCUACUAUUAUAUCCUUCAAACUUAUCUGGGAAAAUAAGAAACUUAAUCAUUGUAUUUACCUUACAAGGUGGGAAGAAUUAGUCACACCCUUUGUUUAUAUUCUUGUAAAGAUGAUGUUGUGAAGAAUUAUUUUGUAAAUCUGAAAGGAGGUAUGAAUAAUGGUCUUUAUUUUCUUGACUUUUCCUCCUGAAUACUUAUAUUUUAGCAAGUGGUCAACAUGAUGAUUUUAAAAGCCUAACUGUUGGUAAAUGAUUGAGGCACAGUUAAAAAUAUGAGUAUCUGCUGCUUACCACCAUGUUAUUCAAAUUAGAAGUGACCAUAUAUACUCUCUUGCUUGAAGGAGUUUUUGACAAAAAAGCAAUACCUGUCAUUUGUAAAUUUUCUUGUUCUAAAGAAAGCAGUUAUGUUCUAUAGAUAUAAAUUAUGUAAAUAAAAGUUAUUUUAUACUA